AUGAAUUCACAUCUGUCUAUCAAUCUCUCUCUCUCUUUUUAUCUAUCCAUCUAUCUAUCUCAUUCUGCUCACAUCUCUCUGUCACAUUCUAGUCAUAUCUAUCGAUCUCAGUCUUCUCAUAUCUAUCUAUCUAUCUAUCUCAAUCUGCUCAUAUCUAUCAGUCUGUUCACAUCUAUCUAUCUAUAUAUCUCAGUCUGUUCAUAUCUAUCUAUCUAUAUAUCUCAGUCUAUUCAUAUCUAUCUAUCUAUCUAUAUAUCUCAGUCUGUUCAUAUCUAUCUAUCUAUCUAUAUAUCUCAGUCUGUUCAUAUCUAUCUAUCUAUAUAUCUCAGUCUGUUCAUAUCUAUCUAUCUAUAUAUCUCAGUCUGUUCAUAUCUAUUUAUCUAUCUAUUUCUCAUUCCUAUCCAGCUAUCUAAGUCUAUUCAUAUCUAUCUAUCUAUCUAUCUAAGUCUGUCCAUAUCUAUCUAUCUAUCUAUCUCACUAUCUAUCUAUCUCAGUUUGUUCAUAUCCUAUCUAUAUCAUUCUGCUCAUCUCUCUCUAUAUCUAGCUAUCUAUCUAUCUAUCUCACUAUCUAUCUAUCUAUCUAAGUUUGUUCAUAUCCUAUCUAUAUCAUUCUGCUCAUCUCUCUCUAUAUCUAGCUAUCUAUUUAUCUCACUAUCUAUCUAUCUCAGUUUGUUCAUAUCCUAUCUAUAUCAUUCUGCUCAUCUCUCUCUAUAUCUAUCUAUCUAUCUCAGUUUGUUCAUAUCCUAUCUAUAUCAUUCUGCUCAUCUCUCUCUAUAUCUAGCUAUCUAUCUAUCUCUGUUUGUUCAUAUCCUAUCUAUAUCAUUCUGCUCAUCUCUCUCUAUAUCUAGCUAUCUAUCUAUCUAUCUAUCUCAGUUUGUUCAUAUCCUAUCUAUAUCAUUCUGCUCAUCUCUCUCUAUCCAUCUAUCUAUCUAUCUCAGUUUGUUCAUAUCCCAUCUAUAUCAUUCUGCUCAUCUCUCUCUAUAUCUAUAUCAUCUAUCUAUCUCAGUUUGUUCAUAUCCUAUCUAUAUCAUUCUGCUCAUCUCUAUCUAUCUAGCUAUCUAUCUAUCUAACUAUCUAUCUAUCUCUCAGUUUGUUCAUAUCCAUAUUUAUAUCAUUCUGCUGAUUCAUCUCUCUCUAUAUCUAUUAAUCUAUCUAUCUCAGUUUGUUCAUAUCCUAUCUAUAUCAUUCUGCUCAUCUCUCAUCUCUCAUCUAUAUCUCAGUUUAUCUAUCUAUCUAUCUCACUAUCUCUCAGUUUGUUCAUAUCCUAUCUAUAUCAUUCUGCUCAUCUCUCUCUAUAUCUAUCUAUCUAUCUAUCCCACUAUCUAUCUAUUUCAGUUUGUUCAUAUCCCAUCUAUAUCAUUCUGCUCAUCUCUCUAUCUAUCUAUCUAUCUAUCUAAGUUUGUUCAUAUCCCAUCUAUAUCAUUCUGCUCAUCUCUCUCUAUAUCUAUCUAUCUAUCUAUCUCUGUUUGUUCAUAUCCCAUCUAUAUCAUUCUGCUCAUCUCUCUCUAUAUCUCUAUCUAUCUAUCUCACUAUAUCUAUCUAUCUAUCUAUCUCAGUUUGUUCAUAUCCUAUCUAUAUCAUUCUGCUCAUCUCUCUCUAUAUCUAGCUAUCUAUCUAAGUUUGUUCAUAUCCUAUCUAUAUCAUUCUGCUCAUCUCUCUCUAUAUCUAGCUAUCUAUCUAAGUUUGUUCAUAUCCUAUCUAUAUCAUUCUGCUCAUCUCUAUAUCUAUCUAUCUAUCUCAGUUUUUUCAUAUCUAGCUAUAUCAUUAUCUAUCUAUCAGUUUGUUUUUCAUAUCCUAUCUAUAUCAUUCUGCUCAUCUCUCUCUAUAUCUAUCUAUCUAUCUAAGUUUGUUCAUAUCCUAUCUAUAUCAUUCUGCUCAUCUCUCUCUAUAUCUAGCUAUCUAUCUAAGUUUGUUCAUAUCCUAUCUAUAUCAUUCUGCUCAUCUCUCUCUCAUCUCUCUCUAUAUCUAUCUAUCUCACUAUCUAUCUAUCUCAGUUUGUUCAUAUCCUAUCUAUAUCAUUCUCUCUCAUUCUGCUCAUCUCUCUCUAUAUCUAGCUAUCUAUCUAUCUCAUUUUGUUUACAUUAUCUAUAUCAUUCUGCUCAUCUCUCUCUAUAUCUAGCUAUCUAUCUAUCUCAGUUUGUUCAUAUCCUAUCAAUAUCAUUCUGCUCAUCUCUCUCUAUAUCUAGCUAUCUAUCUAUCUCACUAUCUAUCUAUCUAUCUCAGUUUGUUCAUAUCCCAUCUAUAUCAUUCUGCUCAUCUCUCUCUAUAUCUAUUAUCUAUCUCACUAUCUAUCUAAGUUUCAUCUCAUUUCAGUUUGUUCAUAUCAUUCCUCAUCUCUCUAUAUCUAUCUAUUUAUCUAUCUCAGUUUGUUCAUUAUCUAUAUCAUUCUGCUAUCUAUAUCAUCUAUCUAUCUAUCUCACUAUCUAUCUAUCUAUCUCUGUUUGUUCAUAUCCCAUCUAUAUCAUUCUGCUCAUCUCUCUCAUAUCUAGCUAUCUAUCUAUCUCAGUUUGUUCAUAUCCCAUCUAUAUCAUUCUGCUCAUCUCUCUCUAUAUCUAUAUCUAUUCAUCUAUCUCACUAUCUAUCUCAGUUUGUUCAUAUCCCAUCUAUAUCAUUCUGCUCAUCUCUCUCUAUAUAUCUAUUAUCUAUCUAUCUCAGUUUGUUCAUAUCCUAUCUAUAUCAUUCUGCUCAUCUCUCUCUAUAUCUAGCCAUAUCUAUCUAUCUCAGUUUGUUCAUAUCCCAUCUAUAUCAUUCUGCUCAUCUCUCUCUAUAUCUAUUUCUAUCUAUCUCAGUUUGUUCAUAUCCUAUCUAUAUCAUUCUGCUCAUCUCUCUCUAUAUCUAGCCAUAUCUAUCUAUCUCAGUUUGUUCAUAUCCCAUCUAUAUCAUUCUGCUCAUCUCUCUCUAUAUCUAUCAUCUAUCUAUCUCACCAUCUAUCUAUCUCAGUUUGUUCAUAUCCCAUCUAUAUCAUUCUGCUCAUCUCUCUCUAUAUCUAGCUAUCUCAUAUCUAAGUUUGUUCACAUCCCAUCUAUAUCAUUCUGCUCAUCUCUCUCUAUAUCUAUUCAUCUAUCUAUCUCAGUUUGUUCAUAUCCCAUCUAUAUCAUUCUGCUCAUCUCUCUCUAUAUCUAUCUAUCUAUCUAUCUCACUAUCUUCAUAUCUAGCUAUCUAUCUAUCUCAUCUGUUUGUUCAUAUCUAUCUAAGUUUGUAUCAUCUCUAUCAUCAUCUCUCUCUAUAUCUAUCUAUCUAUCUAUCUGUUUGUUCAUAUCCCAUCUAUAUCAUUCUGCUCAUCUCUCUCUAUAUCUAGCUAUCUAUCUAUUUCCAUCUAUCUAUCUAAGUUUGUUCAUAUCCCAUCUAUAUCAUUCCUCUCUCAUCUCUAUCUAUAUCUCUAUAUCUCAGUUUGUUCAUAUUAUCUAUAUCAUUCUGCUAAUCAUCUCUCUAUAUCUAUCUAUCUAUCUAACCUAUCUAUUUAUCUCAGUUUGUUCAUAUCCCUAUCUAUAUCUAUUCUGCUCAUAUCUCUCAUCUCUAUCUAGCUAUCUAUCUAUCUCACUAUUAUCUAUCUCAGUUUGUUCAUAUCCCAUCUAUAUCAUUCUGCUCAUCUCUCUCUAUAUCUAUCUAUCUAUCUAUCUCAUUUGUUCAUAUCCUAUCUAUAUCAUUCUGCUCAUCUCUCUCUAUAUCUAUAUCUAUCUAUCUCAGUUUGUUCAUAUCCCAUCUAUAUCAUUCUGCUCAUCUCUCUCAUAUCUAUUCACUAUCUAUCUCACUAUCUAUCUAAGUUUGUUCACAUCCUAUCUAUAUCAUUCUGCUCAUCUCUCUCUAUAUCUAGCCAUCUAUCUAUCUCAGUUUGUUCAUAUCCCAUCUAUAUCAUUCUGCUCAUCUCUCUCUAUUAUCUAUCUAUCUAUCUCACUAUCUAUCUAUCUCAGUUUGUUGUUUAUCUAUAUCAUUCUGCUCAUUAUCUCUCUAUAUCUAGCUACAUCUAUCUAUCUCAGUUUGUUCAUAUCUUAUCUAUAUCAUUCUGCACAUCUCUCUCUAUAUCUAGCUAUAACUAGCUAUCUAUCUAUCUAUCUCAUUUGUUCAUAUCCUAUCUAUAUCAUUCUGCUCAUCUCUCUCUAUAUCUAUCUAUCUAUCUAUCUCAGUUUGUUCAUAUCCUAUCUAUAUCAUUCUGCUCAUCUCUCUCUAUAUCUAGCUAUCUAUCUAAGUUUGUUCAUAUCCUAUCUAUAUCAUUCUGCUCAUCUCUCUCUCUAUAUCUAUCUAUCUAUCAAUCUCAGUUUGUUCACAUCCCAUCUAUAUCAUUCUGCUCAUCUCUCUAUAUCUAUCUAUCUAUCUAAGUUUGUUCAUAUCCUAUCUAUAUCAUUCUGCUCAUCUCUCUCUAUAUAUUCAUCUAUCUAUCUCAGUUUGUUCAUAUCCCAUCUAUAUCAUUCUGCUCAUCUCUAUAUAUCUAUAUCUAUCUAUCUAUCUAACUAUCUCAUCUAUCUAUCUCAGUUUGUUCAUAUCCUAUCUAUAUAUUCUGCUCAUUCUGCUCAUAUCUCUCUCAUAUCUAGUUUGUUAUAUCUAUCUAUCUCAUUUGUUCAUAUCCCAUCUAUAUCAUUCUGCUCAUCUCUCUCUAUAUCUAUCCAUCUAUCUAUCUCAGUUUGUUUCAUAUCCUAUCUAUAUCAUUCUGCUCAUCUCUCUCUAUAUCUAUCUAUCUAUCUCAGUUUGUUCAUAUCCCAUCUAUAUCAUUCUGCUCAUCUCUCUCUAUAUCUAUCUAUCUAUCUCAGUUUGUUCAUAUCCCAUCUAUAUCAUUCUGCUCAUCUCUCUAUAUCUAGCUAUCUAUCUAUCUCACUAUCUAUCUAUCUAAGUUUGUUCAUAUCCCAUCUAUAUCAUUCUGCUCAUCUCUCUAUAUCUAGCUAUCUAUCUAUCUCACUAUCUAUCUAUCUCAGUUUGUUCAUAUCCUAUCUAUAUCAUUCUGCUCAUCUCUCUCUAUAUCUAGCUAUCUAUCUAUCUCAGUUUGUUCAUAUCCUAUCUAUAUCAUUCUGCUCAUCUCUCUCUAUAUCUAUCUAUAUCUAUCUAUCACUAUCUAUCUAUCUAUCUAAGUUUGUUCAUAUCCCAUCUAUAUCAUUCUGCUCAUCUCUCUCUCUAUAUCUAGCUAUCUAUCUAAGUUUGUUCAUAUCCCAUCUAUAUCAUUCUGCUCAUCUCUCUCUAUAUCUAGCCAUCUAUCUAUCUAUCUCACUAUCUAUCUAUCAGUUUGUUCAUAUCCCAUCUAUAUCAUUCUGCUCAUCUCUCUCUAUAUCUAGCUAUCUAUCUAUCUCACUAUCUAUCUAUCUAAGUUUGUUCAUAUCCCAUCUAUAUCAUUCUGCUCAUCUCUCUAUAUAUCUAGCUAUCUAUCUAUCUCAGUUUGUUCAUAUCCUAUCUAUAUCAUUCUGCUCAUCUCUCUAUAUAAUAUAUCUAUCUAUCUAUCUAACUAUCUAUCUAUCUCAGUUUGUUCAUAUCCUAUCUAUAUCAUUCUGCUCAUCUCUCUCUAUAUCUAGCUAUCUAUCUAUCUCACUAUCUAUCUAUCUAUGUAUCUCAGUUUGUUCAUAUCCUAUCUAUAUCAUUCUGCUCAUCUCUCUCUAUAUCUAUCUAUCUAUCUAUCUCAGUUUGUUCAUAUCCUAUCUAUAUCAUUCUGCUCAUCUCUCUCUAUAUCUAGCUAUCUAUCUAUCUCAGUUUGUUCAUAUCCUAUCUAUAUCAUUCUGCUCAUCUCUCUCUAUAUCUAUCUAUCUAUCUAAGUUUGUUCAUAUCCUAUCUAUAUCAUUCUGCUCAUCUCUCUCUAUAUCUAUCUAUCUAUCUAAGUUUGUUCAUAUCCUAUCUAUAUCAUUCUGCUCAUCUCUCUCUAUAUCUAGCUAUCUAUCUAUCUAUCUCAGUUUGUUCAUAUCCUAUCUAUAUCAUUCUGCUCAUCUCUCUCUAUAUCUAGCUAUCUAUCUAUCUAAGUUUGUUCAUAUCCUAUCUAUAUCAUUCUGCUCAUCUCUCUCUAUAUCUAUCUAUCUAUCUCAGUUUGUUCAUAUCCUAUCUAUAUCAUUCUGCUCAUCUCUCUCUAUAUCUAGCUAUCUAUCUAUCUCAGUUUGUUCAUAUCCUAUCUAUAUCAUUCUGCUCAUCUCUCUCUAUAUCUAUCUAUCUAUCUAUCUAUCUCAUUUGUUGAUAUCCCAUCUAUAUCAUUCUGCUCAUCUCUCUAUAUGUAACUAUCUAUCUAUCUAUCUAUCUAUCUCAGUUUCUAUCUAUAUCUAUCUAUCAGUUUGUUCAUAUCCCAUCUAUAUCAUUCUGCUCAUCUCUCUCUCUAUAUCUAUCUCAUCUAUCUAUAUCACUAUCUAUCUAUCUAUCAGUUUGUUCAUAUCCUAUCUAUAUCAUUCUGCUCAUCUCUCUCUAUAUCUAGCUAUCUAUCUAUCUCAGUUUGUUCAUAUCCUAUCAAUAUCAUUCUGCUCAUCUCUCUCUAUAUCUAUCUAUCUAAGUUUGUUCAUAUCCUAUCUAUAUCAUUCUGCUCAUCUCUCUCUAUAUCUAUCUAUCUAUCUCAGUUUGUUCAUAUCCUAUCUAUAUCAUUCUGCUCAUCUCUCUCUAUAUCUAGCUAUCUAUCUAUCUAUCUCAUUUGUUCUAUAUCUAUAUCAUUCUGCUCAUCUCUCUAUAUCUAUCUAUCUAUCUAACUAUCUAUCUAAGUUUGUUCAUAUCUAUAUCUAUAUCAUUCUCAUCAUCAUCUCUCUAUAUCUCUAUAUCUAUCUAUCUAUCUCACUAUCUAUCUAUCUAUCUAAGUUUGUUCAUAUCCUAUCUAUAUCAUUCUGCUCAUCUCUCUCUAUAUCUAGCUAUCUAUCUAUCAGUUUGUUCAUAUCCUAUCUAUAUCAUUCUGCUCAUCUCUCUCUAUAUCUAGCUAUCUAUCUCAGUUUGUUCAUAUCCUAUCUAUAUCAUUCUGCUCAUCUCUCUCUAUAUCUAGCUAUCUAUCUAUCUCAGUUUGUUCAUAUCCUAUCUAUAUCAUUCUGCUCAUCUCUCUCUAUAUCUAUCUAUCUAUCUCAGUUUGUUCAUAUCCUAUCUAUAUCAUUCUGCUCAUCUCUCUCUAUAUCUAUCUAUCUAAGUUUGUUCAUAUCCUAUCUAUAUCAUUCUGCUCAUCUCUCUAUAUCUAUAUCUAUCUAUGUUCAUAUAUCUAAGUUUGUUCAUAUCCCAUCUAGCCAUCAUCUAAGUUUGCUCAUCUCUCUCAUUCUAUCUCAUCUAUCUAUCUAUCUCAGUUUGUUCAUAUCCUAUCUAUAUCAUUCUGCUCAUCUCUCUCUAUAUCUAGCUAUCUAUCUAUCUCAGUUUGUUCAUAUCCUAUCUAUAUCAUUCUGCUCAUCUCUCUCUAUAUCUAGCUAUCUAGUCUGUUCACAUCUAUCUAUCUAUCUAUCUAUCUAUCUAUCUAUCUAUCUCAGUCUGUUCACAUCUAUCUAG